UCUUCCUACUCCCUCUUUUCCAUCCAACAUCACUCACCAACCACUUAUUUCCUCUUGUAUUAUCUUCCAUGUAAAUCAUUUUCCUCAUUUCUCCAAAUCCCCUAGCAAACCAAAACAAAAAUAAGAUAUUUUGUCUCAAUUUCAACCCUAAUUUAAUUUCCCUCAAUGAACACUAACAUGUGUGUCCAUUGUCUCUAAAAACAGGGUUUUAGAGUUCACAUUCAUACACAGAAACAGAGUACUCUGUUUACAACAAUGGCAAUGUCAAUGGCAAUGGCAUCACAUUGCAUGGCUCUGCCUCUGCCUCACCUUCAUCUCCCUUUCUCUCCUCUCUCCGGCCACUGCCAUUCCCACGUUGCGGCGAAGCCACCUCACCCUCUCUCCCUCAUCAAACCCAAACCAUCUCACCUUUGCUUCUCCGCCGGCGGAGGCGGCGGAGAAGGACCCGGAAUCGGAGGCGGAGGCGGAGGCAGAGGAGAUUCCGGGGAUGGAAAAUUCAGUGAUGGUAAUCAUGAUGGUGGAGCUGGAUUUGGGGUUUUAGGGGUUUUGGUGAACGGUUGGAGAUCUAGGGUUUCUGCAGAUCCCCAAUUCCCAUUCAAGCUUUUGAUGGAGGAGCUCGUCGGAGUCACCGCCUGCGUCGUCGGCGACAUGGCGACACGGCCCAAUUUCGGUCUCAACGAGCUGGAUUUCGUUUUCUCAACUCUGGUUGUUGGGUCAAUUCUCAAUUUCACUCUCAUGUAUCUCUUGGCACCAACCAUUUCCUCUGCUUCAACCAUGCCUGCGAUUUUCUCAUCUUGCCCCAAUAGCCACAUGUUUGAACCGGGUGCUUACUCCAUUGUGGAACGAUUUGGAACGUUUGUGUAUAAGGGUGCUGUGUUUGCUGGUGUUGGUUUUGCUACUGGUCUUGUUGGAACUGCAAUUUCCAAUGGGUUGAUUUUGUUGAGGAAGAAGAUGGAUCCUGGGUUUGAGACACCGAAUAAGCCGCCACCGCCGCUGCUGAAUGCGCUUACUUGGGCUGCUCAUAUGGGUGUUAGUAGCAAUCUUAGGUAUCAGACUCUGAAUGGUGCUGAGUUUGUGUUGGAGAAGAGUCUUUCUCCUUUGGUGUUUAAGUCCUCUGUUUUUGGUAUUAGGCUUUUGAACAAUGUGCUUGGAGGGAUGACUUUUGUCAUGUUGGCUAAGUUUACAGGGUCACAAAAGAGUGUUGGGGAUGGGGAUGAGGAUCCUAGGGAGAAGGAUACCAAAGAGGAUUUUCUCAAGUGAGGUGAUAGAUUAGAGGAUCCUUUUUUGAUCUUCAAUUUGGUUUGUUGUAGAGGACAGAGGCUCUUUUGGUUUUCUAGGUUUGGUUUUCCUAUUGUUCAUAGCUUGAAUGCUGACCAAAAUUUUCCAUAUGCAUGUUCAGUUUUGGAAAUUAUACUGAAGAGAGAAAUAACAUGCCUACUUUAUCA